GGUCUCCGCUCUGGGGACACCCGACGCUCUGCUUCACUAAUGAAGGGCUGUCGUCUCCACUCACCACCCUUCCUUCACAAGCUCUACAAACUGAAGCCAUCAAGCUCUUUAAGACAUGUCAGCUCUUCAUUAACGUGGCCAUUGACACUCCAGCCAUAGAUUAUCACGUGACUCUUGCCCAGUGUGCUCUACAAGUGUGUCUCACCCAUCCAGAGCUGCAGAACGAGAUCUACUGCCAGCUUAUCAAACAGACACGGAAGAGGCAGCCGUACGGACCGCCGGGACCCCUGCAGGGAUGGCAGUUCCUGGCUCUGUGUGUCGGCCUUUUCCUGCCCACACCCCCUAUUCUGUGGUAUUUGCAGUUUCAUCUCAAAAGGCAUGGAGAUUCCAGGACGGAAGAGGGAAAGUAUGCCAUUUACUGUCAGCGCUCACUGGAGCGGACACAGCAGAAGGGGGAUCGGCAAGCACGAUCGUCACGAAUGGAGAUCCUAUCAAUCUUACUCAGGAACCCUUAUCAUCACUCUCUGCCUUUCAGCGUCCCUGUACACUUCCUUAACAACACCUACCAGGUCCACAGCCUCAUGAUGAAAGAACAGUUCAUUUAAAAAAGCAAUCUGUCCUUAUUUACUCAUCCUGAUGUUCUUCUACAUCUUCAUGCAG